AGCGCCCAGUCAGUGAGGGGAGCGCCGCGGAGAGAAGCCUUGGCAAAGACCUAGCAUGGCCGCCCAAGGAGACCCUCAAGUGCAGUUUAAGCUUGUUCUCGUUGGUGAUGGUGGCACUGGUAAAACAACAUUUGUAAAACGCCAUUUGACUGGUGAAUUUGAAAAGAAGUAUGUAGCAACGCUGGGUGUUGAAGUUCAUCCUCUGGUGUUCCAUACCAACAGAGGCCCUAUUAAAUUUAAUGUAUGGGACACAGCUGGUCAAGAGAAAUUUGGUGGCCUGCGAGAUGGCUAUUACAUCCAAGCUCAAUGUGCCAUCAUAAUGUUUGAUGUAACAUCAAGAGUUACUUACAAGAAUGUACCUAACUGGCACAGAGAUCUGGUACGAGUAUGUGAAAAUAUCCCCAUAGUCUUGUGUGGCAACAAAGUGGAUAUUAAGGACAGAAAAGUCAAGGCAAAAUCCAUUGUCUUCCACAGGAAGAAGAAUCUCCAGUAUUAUGAUAUCUCAGCUAAGAGUAACUACAACUUUGAGAAGCCGUUCCUCUGGCUUGCUAGAAAGCUUAUUGGAGAUCCUAAUUUGGAAUUUGUUGCCAUGCCUGCUCUUGCACCGCCUGAAGUUGUUAUGGACCCAGCACUGGCAGCACAGUAUGAGCAAGACUUACAGAUUGCUCAAACCACUGCACUGCCAGAUGAGGAUGAUGACCUGUGAGGGAUGAAGCUGGAGCCCAGCGUCAGAAGUCUAGUUUUAUAGGCAACUGUCCUGUGAUGUCAGUGGUGCAGCGUGUUUGCCACUUUAUUAUCUAGCUGAACAGAACAUGUGCUUAAUCUUUGGAAUGCUGAAAGAGAUGAAUGGGCUUCGGAGUGAAUGUGGCAGUUUAAAAAAAAAUACAAACAAAACAAAAUGAAAAAACCAAACAAACUUCAUAUUUUGGACCUGCAUAGUUAGCUGUUUUUUGGACUGCAAUUAUUUCCCCUCUUGAGUUUCAAAUAUAAGGCUGCUGCAGUCACAUCAGAGUGUUAAGUGGUAAAUCUUGUUUCUGUCAUUCCCAUUCUUUUUUGUUUAGGUAAUAAAGUUGUAUUUCAAGUAUCUCUAAGCAAGUGAACUUUCAUGCAUUGUUAGAAAAACUCUUCAAAGUGUCUUCAAUGGAGGCUAAUACUUGAUUGUCUACUGCAUUUUUCAUUCUAUUCCCCUUUUCCCUCCUGCUUCUCAUAUUAUGCUGCUCUUGCUAAAUCACAGCUAACAGUUAACCUUCCCUUGAUUUCCUGAAGCAUAAAAUUAUAGCAUCUGAGGAAAGCUGAACUAACCAGGUAAUACCAGGUAAAAUUAAAGCAGUGAUCUCUUGACUAGUAAGUGUGGCUAGGUCAUUAUUCCCAUGCAAAUGGGAAUGUUAAUGGUCUGCAGUGGUCUUGAGAGAAGUGUGUAGUUCAGCUUCUGUAUGCUACUGUUAGAUGCAGUCUCUCAACUCUUGUUUAUUAUGUUCUACAAUUUGCCUUCAUGGAGCUCUGUCUUCAGUAGCCAGAAACAAAUGGCAUCUAGAUCUGGUAGGUGACUUAAAAGCUGUAUCUUUGCAUGGACCAUCAUUCAGUAGAGCUAGAGCUGAUGAAAAUAAGCAUCUUAAAAUUCACUAAUUAGAAACCAGCUGUGGUUUGAGCUGAAAAGCUCUUGGCUGCAAAACAGCGUAUUGUCAAACCACAUUUAUAUAAAUAUCUCAAACUUUAACUGCACCAAGUUCUUAAUUUGAAACUUGCUUAUUACAGCACAAAUGGUGGAAAAUGUCGACUUUUAACACUACUUUGUAGAGAUUAAUCUUGGUCAAUAUUAGUACUGCUAGUAAGCAAAACUAAGGUACCAUUUUUCAGUAGUGUUUGAGUACAUGAAGCC